CUCAUCGCUCAAACGCUCACCAGAAACACCCAUCACCACCACCAGCUCGAGUCCGGAGAAGCAGAGAUAUGGCCUCCGCCGACGAGGAAGCGUGCAUGUACGCUCUCCAGCUUGUCUCGUCGUCGAUCCUCCCGAUGACGCUGAAGAACGCCGUCGAGCUGGGCCUCUUCGACACCCUGGUGGCCGCCGACGGCGAGCUGCUGAGCCCUGCCGAGGUGGCUGCCAAGCUCCCGUCCGCGGCGAACCCGGCCGCGCCCGACAUGGUGGACCGCAUGCUCCGGUUGCUGGCCUCGUACAACGUGGUGUCCUGCACCAUGGAGGAGGGCGAGCACGGCCGCCUCUCACGGCGGUACGGCGCCAAACCUGUGUGCAAGUUCCUCACCCCCAAUGAGGACGGCGUCUCCAUGGCCCCGCUCGCGCUCAUGAAUCAGGACAAGGUCCUCAUGGAGAGCUGGUACUAUCUGAAGGAUGCUGUCCUUGAUGGCGGCAUCCCGUUCAACAAGGCCUACGGGAUGUCAGCGUUCGAGUACCAUGGCACGGACCCUCGCUUCAACCGUGUCUUCAACGAAGGGAUGAAGAACCAUUCCAUCAUCAUCACCAAGAAGCUCCUUGAAUUGUACAAGGGGUUCAAUGGCCUCAGCACACUCGUGGACGUGGGCGGCGGCAUAGGCGCCACCGUCGGAGCCAUCACCGCCUACUACCACACCAUCAAAGGCAUCAACUUCGACCUUCCCCAUGUCAUCUCCGAGGCGCCACUGUUCCCGGGUGUCACCCACGUGGGCGGCGACAUGUUCCAGAAGAUUCCCUCGGGGGACGCCAUCCUCAUGAAGUGGAUCCUUCAUGACUGGAGCGACGAGCACUGCGCAACGCUGCUGAAGAACUGCUACGACGCGCUGCCGGCGCACGGCAAGGUGGUGCUCGUGGAGUGCAUCCUGCCGGUCAACCCGGAAGCUACCCCUAAGGCACAGGGGGUGUUCAACCUUGACAUGAUCAUGCUCGCGCACAACCCAGGUGGUAGGGAGAGGUAUGAGAGGGAGUUCGAGGCCCUGGCCAAGGGCGGCGGGUUCGCCUCCAUCAAGGCCACUUACAUCUACGCUAACGCAUGGGCAAUCGAGUUAACUAAGUAGAUGCAUGGCAACUUCCAAGUAUCUCUUGCAUGCUCAUUGCUGCUCCCACAUCGACCUCAUUAUGCAAUUUCGCUUCUUUUAUCCCUAUGUUUUCCCUUAAUUUUUAUCCUUUGAAUCAUUCCAAUUUCUAAUUGUUGUGCCAUUGGUCCAUUCCAUAUGUAUUAUGACAAAGCUUCUCUUAAAUGUUGCAUUAAUUAUA